AUGGGCGGCAGUGCUUUUGCCCAGGACGGGCUCUACACACCGCGGAUGCCCGAAGCUGUCUACCGGAGUAUGCUUGAGCAAGUUGAGUCUAGAUACAAAAAGUACUUCAGACAUGUUGCACAUCCAAUCGAGGCCCCAGGAAAAUCCACCUAUGGUGACAUCGACGUUCUCAUUGCCGAACCUGUCGAUCCGACUCGCACGGUUGAUUCAAUGACUACUGUGUUCCUUGCUGAGAUCGUCGGGGGUAAACGAGCCACCAAAACUUCGGGGAGCUCGACUACCAGUAUUGCAAUUAAUUGGCCAAGGGAGUUUGCUGGCGAAAUCCCUCUGGAAACCACUGAGAGCACCUCCGGCCUUUCAACCAACCUCAACGCUGCCUGGAUCCAAGUGGAUGUGCAGAUCUGUUCCACAGUGGACGUGAUGAACUGGACACUCUUCCUCCACGCACAUGGCGAUCUGUGGAACAUGUUGGGUGGCAUCAUCCGCCGCUUCGGGCUCACCAGCACUCCUAAGGGGUUUUUUCUACGUAUUGAGGAGGCAGAAAGAUACAGCAAGGAACAAAGUCGCGUCAAGCUGACCACUGACCCGAAUCAAGUGUUGCAAUACCUAGGUCUCGACCUUGAGCGCUACUGGCAACCGUUCACUACAUUGGAUCAGAUGAUGUCCUACGCAGCAACGUGCCGCUUCCACAACCCUAAUCGCUGGGAAGAGAAGAAACGAGAAGCCUUGAAAGCAAAUGACAGACAACGCGCAAACAAACGUCCUGCUUUUGCAUACUGGACCGACACCUUCCUCCCUGAACACGCCAACGAUGCACCCGGGGCCGCUGCACACCUGACGCGUGACGAAGUCGUCGAGGACGCCAAACGGUUUUUUGGCGAGGAGCUCUCAUCAAGCUUCAAUGAGAGAAAAGAAAUCCUCGUUCGCCAAACCGGAGUCAACGAACUGUGGGCUACCAUCAGGAAAUCAAUCACGGCGGAAGGAGCAAUAGUCACCUAUGCGAUGAAAGGUCUGAAAGCUGCAAUUGCAUCUCCUGACGGCGGUGACUUCGAUUUCGAAGGUGAUCUCGAUCUACAGGACCAGAUCUGUGGAGUCAGAAGUGCGUAUGCGAAGGGACACUUCGACGAGGUUCGAGAGUGGGGCGUCGCGAACUGGGAAGAUAUGGGCAAGAGGCAGGAAAGACUCGACAAGGCCAAGAGUCGUCAGAAUCUGUUGAAGAAGAUUCAACGAGAUGCCAUGCCUGUAGAGGAGGGCUGA